UGGCGGCGGUUGCGGUUUGAAUUCCAGCGGCGCCGUCGGAGUCCGAACAGGAGCUGGGUUGGAGGGGGCGGGGACCUGGGGAGACGGGCGGGUCGCGACCGCCGGGGAGAACCAGUGGUGCCGCCGCCAGACACCAGCGCCACCACCUCCUCUGUGUCCAUGAUGGACUCGGUGUUGGAAGAGGACGUCACCCUCCCCGGGGCAAGCAGCGGCUGCAGUGGCCUCUUUCCCAGUUUACCAGAUGACCUGGAUGGCAUCAGCCCCAUUGCUGGUUUGGGAAACGGUGGGAUGCUGGGCAGUUUGCAUACCGUGAUGUUUCCUGUGUCUGUUUGCCUUUUUAUAGUGCUCCCACAUGUGUCAGAAGAAACGGUGUCUCCCACCAGAGCCCGGAACAUGAAGGACUUUGAAAACCAAAUCACUGAAUUGAAGAAAGAAAACUUUAACCUAAAGCUCCGCAUCUAUUUCCUGGAGGAAAGAAUGCAGCAGGAAUUCGACGGCCCCUCCGAACACGUCUACAAAACGAACAUCGAGCUCAAGGUGGAAGUAGAGAGUCUGAAGCGGGAGCUCCAGGAGAGAGAGCGGCUGCUCAUCAAAGCCUCCAAAGCAGUUGAGAGCCUCGCUGAAGGUGGCUCUGAAGUUCAGCGGGUGAAGGAAGAUGCUCAGAAGAAGGUGCGGCAGGUCGAAGAGCUCCUAACCAAGAGAAUACGCCUUUUAGAAAAGGAUGUGAAAGCCGCCCAAGCAGAACUGGAAAAGGCCUUUGCUGGGACAGAAACGGAGAAGGCUCUUCGGUUGAGCUUGGAAAACAAGCUUUCAGAGUUGAAGAAGAUGCACGAGGGGGACCUGGAGAUGGCUCUGGUCUUGGAAGAGAAGGACAGACUGAUUGAGGAGUUGAAGCUGUCUUUGAAGAGCAAAGAAGCUUUAAUUCAGUGCCUUAAAGAGGAGAAAUCUCAGAUGGCAUCUCCUGAUGCAAGCAUGUCAUCUGGAGAGCUCCGAGGACUUUCUGCUGCUCUGAGGGGAAACCAGGAAAGAGAGACCGAGGCUGCACAAGUGGAGCAAGAGGAGAGAAAUCGCUUUCGAGAGAGGAUUCAGGCACUUCAGGAGGACCUGAGAGAGAAGGAAAGAGAAAUUGCUACGGAAAAGAAAAAUAGUUUAAAGAGGGAUAAAGCCAUUCAGGGUCUAACCAUGGCAUUAAAGUCGAAGGAAAAAGAGAUUGGAGAACUUAACUCUGAAAUCGAAGAGCUCAGUGCUGCCUAUGCUAAAGCCAGAGAGGCCCCCCAGAAAGCACAGACCCAGAAAUUCCAGGGGUCAGAAGAGUACGAGGAUCCUCUGUUAGAAGAGGCAGCCCUUUUGGCUGAGCUGCACUCAGAAAACCUCACCAAGAGCACAGAGAACCACAGACUGCGUAGGAGCAUUAAGAAGGUCACCCAGGAGCUGAGCGACCUGCAGCAGGAGAGGGAGAGACUGGAGAAGGAGCUGGAGGCAGCCCACCGAGAGAGGAGCAAGGGAGACCGCACCAUCCACGACCUUAGAAAUGAAGUUGAGAAAUUACGCAAUGAAGUGAAUGAAAGAGAGAAAGCAGUGGAGAAUCGUUACAAGAAUCUUUUGAAUGAAAGUAAUAAAAAAUUGCACAGUCAAGAGCACGUGAUCAGAAGUCUAACAGAAAGUGCUGGUCAGAAGGACAUGUUGCUUCAGAAAUUCAAUGAAAAAGAGUUGGAAGCAAUACAGCAGAACCGUUGCUUACUGACUGCGGAGGAUCUCGAGUUCAGGAGUGAAGACUUAAUAACAGAAAAGUGCUCUUCUCAGUCACCAGGCAGCAAAAGCAUCUUCUCCGAGGAAAAGCAGCAAUUAGGCUAUGAAGAGCUGAUUCAGGUCUUAAAGAAAGAGCAGGACAUCUAUACACAUCUGGUGAAGUCUCUGCAGGACUCAGACAGUGUCCACAACGUGCAGGCUGAGUUGAACAGCAUCUUCGCCCUGCGGAAGCGGCUAGAGCGGGAUGUGCUCUCCUAUCAGAACCUGCAGAAGGCCCUGGAGGAACAGAUCAGUGAAAUCAGGCGGCGGGAAGGUACACGCUCUCUUGUAUGGCGGGAAGAAGAACCAUUUUCAUUUUAUAGUGACCAAACAUCUUAUCUGAGUAUUUGCCUUGAAGAGCACAGUCGGCUUCAAGUGGAACAUUUUUCUCAAGAAGAGCUUAAGGAAAAGGUUGGUGACCUUAUCCAGCUGGUGAAGGAGCUGUACACGGACAACCAGCACCUGAAGAAGACCAUAUUUGAUCUCUCCUGCAUGGGUUUCCCGGGUGAGGACAGGCCUGAGUCGGUAGAUCAAACGGAGCUUCUGGCUAGCAAGGAGGACGAGGACUCAACCAGAAUUGGAGAGGAUGACGAGAAUCAUUUGCUGAGUGACGAGUGUCUGGAACGGAGUAACAAGAUUAUGGAUGACAGUUCCAAAGGGGGCUGCAAAAAUGGAUAUUUAAGGCACACAGAUUCCAAUAUUUUAGAUGCUGACGAAGCCCACACAUCCAGCUGCCCCGGAGACCAGCGUCUGGAAGAAGGCGAGCUUGUGAGCUUGCUUGCCCCGCUCUUCAGCGAGAAGGCCAUAUGGUUACUGGAAUCCAGGCCAGAGCUUCUGAACGUGCUCCGUGAACUGCUUAUGGAACAGAUACACUUGACAGAGCAGGAAGCUUCAGGAGAACACCUCGAAGGUAAAACGGAGAAGACGCUUAGGCAGAUGGCCGUUCAGCUGAGAGGUGAACUCGGACAUUUCGUCCAAGCCAACUCAUCUUCCAAGGCACGCGAUGAACUGAGGUGGCCUCGGGGGGCCCAGCCAGCGAAGGCAGCCGAGGCAUCCAUGGUGGAGCAGAAAGAUGCCUGCGUGCAGACCAUGGCCGUGGAGGGUGACAUGCUCAGGUUCAGACACGAGGGCACGAGAGAGGCUUGGGAAGAGAAGCCAGCAGACGCCACAUUCAGCGCCAGACGCCAGCCGGAGAACUUGUGCAGGGGGCCGGGCCGGCGGGCCGCUGGCCUCGCCUUCCCCAGGGGGACCAGGAAGGAUGUGAAGAAGUCGCGCUUGCCCAUCCUGAUAAAACCAUCGCAGUCACUAGGAAGUGUGUGCCGGCUCCCUGCGCCUCGGGAGGUGGUGGCCCAGCUGCAAGGCCAGGUCCUGGAGCUGCAGAGGGAGCUGAAGGAGUUUAAAAUUCACAACGAGCAACUUCACCAAAAGUUAAUUCUGGCCGAAGAAAUGAUGGAGGAGACAGCGCCAGACAAAGCGCUCCUGAAAGCCCAGGUCCUCGUGGGAGCAGCCUACCAGGACAUCCCGGGAGAGCCAGAAGGACCCAAAGCCACGCCCGGCGUCUGGAGAGACAAGGAAAGGGACGGCGAUCAGCGAGUCAGCUACGAGACCGGCCCCAUGCCAGACACUGGAGAAACAGAGAUGAAUAACGUGGUCUCCACCCUGAAGGACCUCAGAGACCAAGAGACAAGAAUGGGCUUAAAGCCACGAGGAGCAGUUGCAGAACCCAGAAAUUGGAAUAAUCAGUCUGACUCCGAAAUUUACCAGCCUGAUGACCUUGCCAUCUUGCCACUAUGUGAAGAGAAUCCUUCGGAAGAUUUUCCAGGCCCCACUUCCGUAGCUACAUACUUGAGUUCUAAGAGUCAAUUUUCCACUAAAGUCGGUGUGGUUGAGACUGAUCAGCUCGAGGACAUCGAUACCGCGAAUGAUCAAGAAAACUUAAAACAGAAAAUCUGUGACUUGGAGACUGAGCUCGAUGUCUACCGGAAUUUCAUACUGCAGCUUCAAAAGCACUCCCAGUUCAGCGAGGCCAUCAUCACAGUUUUGUGUGGGAGAGAAGGGGCCCAGGACAGCUUGAACAAGUCCAAGAGCAGCGCUGAUGAAGAAGAAAUGACCUUUUCAAGUUUGCGCCAAGUACGUUACGUGAAACACAUGAAAAUCCUCCACCCGCUGGCCCCAGAGAUGAUUGACAGCAGGUCGUUCGAGAGCCUCAGACAGCAGCUGGUGGACCAGGAGUACGAACUGCAGAAGGAGCAGAAUUUGAACGUGAAACUUUUUGGCGAAAUCCAUAACCUGCAGAAUAAGUUCAGAGACCUCUCACCCUCAAGAUACGAUUCGUUAGUUCAGGCCCAAGCCAGGGAGCUCUCCCUUCAACGACAGCAGAUUAAGGACAGCCACGGCGUCUGUGUCGUUUAUCGUCGGCACAUGGACACCGUGAUCAAGGCGUUUGAGGAGCUGCUGCAGGCCAGCGACGUGGAUUCCUGUGUGGCGCAGGGUUUCCAGGAGCAGCUGAACCAGUGCGCGGAGCUGCUGGGGCAGCUGGAAAAGCUGUUUCUCAAGGGAAGUUCCGUUGAAGUGGAAAUGAACAUCCAGAAAGAACUGAGAGAGAGGCUUGAGGAAGACAACCUAAGCUACCAGCGCAUUCUCCCUGAGUCUCCUGCGCCCUCAGCCUCUCGUGCGCUGUCCGACUGUCGUGUGCUGUCCGACUGUGAAAUGUCCGAGAAGUCCUCUUUCUCACGAGACCAGAAACAAGACAGUGAGACCGAGAAGACUUCAGUCGUGGCGAACAACUUUUCUCAAGACUUACUAAUGGAACAUAUACAAGAAAUUCGAAGCUUGAGAGAACGUUUAGAAGAAUCUAUUAAAACAAAUGAGAAGCUACGGAGACAGCUGGAGCGAGGAGGCUCUGAAUGUGACCAAGGCGGAAAAUCUUUCCCAGAAGUUCCCAGCAGGCUUCCUGUCAAGUUUCAUCAACCAGAAGUGGCACAUGACCGUGUUCUAGCCUCACCGGAGGCUGGCAGAGCAGGUUCUACAAACGUUUUUACUUAUGGUUCAGAGCUGCAUAAUUCUCUGACAUCAGAAAUACGUUUCCUGAGGAAGCAGAACCAGGCCCUCAACACAAUGCUCGCUAAAGGAUCCAGAGAUAAACAGAAGGAGAAUGAGAAAUUGCGUGAGGCCCUCUCCAGGAAGACUGCGAGCCUGGAGCACCUUCAGCGGGAGCUUACCUGUGUGAGGGCGGAGAACGAGAGGCUGCAGAGGGAGGUGGAUGAGAAGGAGGGGGAGAACCAGCGGCUGCUCCGGGAGGUCUGCCACGGCCGCAGCGAGCUGAGCAGGGUGCAAGCAGAGGUGACAUCGAGACAGCAGCUGCUCUCACAGAACGACCAGCUACUGCAGUCCCUCCGGGUGGAGCUGAAGGUGCAUGAGAAGCUGGAGGAGGAGCACAGGAGGCCGCGAGAGGCCAGGGCAGAGGCGUCGGGAGAAGGCUGGAGGGGACAGGACCCUCUCAGCCACCUGCACGGCCUCCUGACAGAGAUCCAGGCUCUGCGGGCGCAACUGGAAAGGAGCAUCGAAACCAACAGCGUGCUGCAGAGCAGGCUGGAGGAGCAGCUGGCGCGGGGCGGGGAGAAGGCCCCGGAGGCAGCUCUCACGUUGGCUCUGCAGACCCUGGCCGCCCCCAGGCGGCCCCUGCAGCUGGACAAGCCCGAUGGUGACGCGUGUCCCGUGGCAAUUGACAAUUCAUACGAUCUGUUCAGUUCCACCCCAGCAGUGCCACCAAGAUCAGCUUCAGAGACUCCUCCACUCUCUGGAAAUGACAUGGACACUCUCUCCUGCGACAGUGGCAGCUCCAUCACCAGCAUGUCAUACGUGUCCCGCCUGGUCCCUGGCCACCGCCUGUGGGCCAGCAAGAGCGGCUGCCACGUCCUGGGCCUGAUCGAGGACUACGAUGCCCUAUGCGAGCAGAUUGGCCAGGGCCAGAAGCUCCUCAGUGAGAUACACAUUCAGGUCCAAGAGGCUCCCAGCCCCACGAGUCAAGAGCUGGCAACAAAGGGUCCACACUCGCCCCUCAGCAGCUUUGCCACCGGCGUGAGCGCAGCCAGGCGGACCCUGGAUGAGGCCGCGAGGUUACUGAUGCUUCUCUGGAGGGUCUCUCUGCCCACCGAUGGCCCGUGCUCGCUGCACUGUGGACAGACUGGAGAAUUGAAGGCAGAGAUCAGCAAACUACACAAAAAACUGUUUGAACAAGAAAAGAAGUUGCAAAACACCAUGAAGCUGUUGCAGCUGAGCAAGAACCAGGAGAAAGUCAUCUUUGAUCAGUUGGCGGCAUUCCCGCGGCUGUUGGCGUUUGCCGGACAAGACAAGGACAGAGGGAAGAUGCCACCUUACUUUACGGUUGCUGCCCUGAAAGUGGGCGCUCUGCCCUCCCGUGGGUUCUGACUCGCUGGGGACCUGCCUCGCGCAGCUCAGCAUCAGAUCCCAGGGACCAGCGAGAUCCUCCUGCCCUCCCGGCCCUGUCCAGGUGGAGUGUGCCUGGCCCAGGGUGCCACUAGAGGGCAGCUCAGGAGAGAGACGCCCACAGU